AUGCAGUUUUCCAGCAAAUCCAGCACCUACACAAAAUAUUGCGGAAUCAUAUCACUAAACCACAGAUACAUUAUUACACCCAUUGACACUGGCAUCGAUGGUAGAUUUAUACUAGCACACAUACACUAUGCGACGGAAGAGGAACCAAACUCCUCCAACUCCAUCGCCACAAUACUUAACAUAUACGGAAAAGCAGCAUCAAGAAAAGACAACGUGGAAUUCUACACGGAAUUGAUGCAACACAGAUUUUUGAUACACAAGAUUACAACUAUUCAGAACAACAUGAUUAUUUUGGGAGAUUUCAACUACAAAUAUGAGUCUCGCCGAUCUAAUGGAACAGUCGAAGCAACUACAGUCGAAUGGAUAGCCUUAUUGGAGGAACAUUUCAUCAAUUGCUUUUGGGAAAACAAGAGCGCCACUUUUCAUGGGUCCAACAAUCUCCAUUACAUCUUGGACUACAUCUUCUGCAACAACACCUCCUAUGGAACAGUUACAGAGUGUACUCAGGAGUUUAUGAACUCAACAUGGACAGAUCAUGAAAUGCUGGUCAUUACUCUGCAACUGCAAAAGGAUGCAACACAGGGGCCUGGCGCCUACAAAUGCAAUCCCUUUUUGGCCAACAACCACAAGUUUCGUCGUGAAUUAGUGAUCUUCUUGCAAGGUCUACAGCCGCAAAUUGAGCUCAAGACAGCCACCCAAUUCCCUCAAGAGAUCUGGGACUGGAUCAAAGACGAGUUUAAGGAACAUGUCCGACAAUUCCAACUGGAAGAAGUCAACUGGCGUCGAAAGGCACUGAAGACGUUACAAGCAAAACGAAAUCGGUGUAUGCGAGCAAAGAAGAACCGGGGACUGAUAUUUCAAGGGCUGGACACCAUCAACCAACAAAUUGGUGCUUUACAAGACUCUAUAGCCGAAAUUGAAAUCCUCAAAUUAGGGAAGUAUUGGAGAGAAAAUGGAGAGAAAAAUGCUGGGUUCUUGAAGAAACUCACCGCAUCUAGACAGAAUCAACGUCAAUUGAAACAACUAAGGCAUCCAGUUACUCAAGAAUUGCAUGCUGAUCAAGGUACUAUGAGCGAGAUCGUUGGCAGCUUUUACACGAAUUUGUACACACCAACUCCACCCAAUGCCAGAUCAAUGCGGCUAUUGUUGAAUCAAAUCACACCUGACAUGCAACUUGACGGUGAACAGCAAUCACUCCUCGAACUACCAGUAGAGCUAGAUGAUUUGUUGUUUGAAUGUAAAAGAUCGCCUAAAUUUGUGUCUCCCGGCAGCGAUGGCAUCCCUUACCAACUCCUCCGACUGAUUCUCAAGUUCCCGCCCCUCCACUCUCUCAUCACCACGGUCUACAAUGAUGCCCUCACCAAAGACAUAUUUCCUGCGUCUUGGAGCGUCUCUCUCAUGGCAACCCUCUACAAGAAAAAUGACCCCAAUGACAUGGCAAAUUAUAGACCUAUCUCCCUCUGCAACACUGACUACAAACUCUUGACACGUUUGUUUAAUCAUCGAAUGAUGGAAGUCGCUAAGCAACUGAUCAACGAGAACCAAGCGGGCUUCAUACCUGGGAGGUUCAUUGCCCAAAAUGCUCUGCGGUGUCAGGUCAUAAUGGAAGAUGCUGAACGAACCAUGAACUUGGCAAAGAAGAACAAUGUGUUACACCAAAUGCCCAAAGCAAUUGGCCUUAGUCUUGAUCAGGAAAAAGCGUACGAUCGAGUUAACCUCUCGUACCUUCAAACUGCACUCAUUACUUAUGCCUUCCCUGCUAAUCUUGUCCGCUGCAUCAUCAACAUGAUGGGCCAAAAUCUCUUGCGCAUCAAUGUGAAUGGUUACUUUACCGAAGAUGUUCCCAAGCUGCGAGGCUUAAAGCAAGGUGACCCCAUUUCCUCUAUUUUGUACAAUUUGGCUAUUGAACCCUUUCUGCGGUCUAUUCUCAAUGAUCCAUUAUACCACGGCUAUCAAAUGCAGUAUGCAACUAACCAUCCCAACUAUAAUGCUAAUGACCCUUUAGUUCAUGUGUCAAAAAUCCUAUGUUACGCUGACGAUGCUUUUGCAUUUGUUCAAGACCUUCCUGAUCUGGCAAGACUCGAGUACCACUUAGAUGUCUAUUGCAAUGCAACCAAUGCCAAGAUUAACUACAACAAGGCCGAAGCUAUCUCGUUCUCUGGUCAAAAAACGCGGUCAUAUUGGCAAGCACGACUCUCAGAAAUGAAUAUCACAAAAUUCACAUCCAAUAUGGAUUCCAAUCCAGUGAUCUAUCUUGGGUUUCCUCCGCUGCAAUCGGUUCAACAACGUGAAGUAUUUAUCGGUGGUCUUGUCGACAAUCUCCGGACAACUACCAAAAUCCACAGUGUAAGAAGUCUCUCCGUCGUUGGCAAAGCUACAAUGCUCAACAGUUUGAUCUUGUCCAAAUGCUGGUAUGUACUACGAGUAACUCCGUUUGCUCAAAAUAAUGUCCAAGCUAUCCAGUCCAUUUGCACCAAGUUUCUACGAAAAGGUGUUCUGGAUGUUACUCUGCAACAAUCAGCCCUAUACUUUCGUUGGGUUCAACCGCUCCUCCAUCCCUCUGAUUCGCCCCACAUCCUAGAUCUCAUGCUGGUCAUGCUAGUGAAUAAGCAAAAUCAGAGUGCGCAUGUGCAGGUUCCGUUGCUCUUUCCCCUCACACGAACCACUGGUCUCACCAAACAACGCACCAACACGGUAACAAUGAUCUACAAAUCAGUUGACCGCCUCAAACGCAUCAAUGAACCAGUUCACCUCAACAUUGCUACCGCCUCCAUCCUACCUGUCAAAGCCAUUCUGCAGCCGUCUGCCACUGUCUCCAAAAUGCCGAUUAGGGUCACUCAGUUGCAAGUAAAGGAUCUUUAUCAACCCAAUCCUAACCAACCUCUGCAACUAGAAGCACGAAAAGCACCAACCAUCCCAGCUGACAUUCGACGCGCUUGCAAGAAAAUCCUGAAGCAAAUCAACGAGAACAAAGUACAUAUCCAGCCGUACUUUAGCCUCAUGCUACAACCCCCUCAGGAUGGCACCAACCGCACAACCGACAUCUCCUUCAAACCGUUCAUUGACUCCUAUGACUUCAACAGCCAGCAAGGCCUCACUCGACAGAUUUCAACCAGAACAUUCCGCACAGCAUGCAUCGAGGCUCACACCUCCAGCAUCGCCAGGUCCAACUGGAAUUUCUUCUGGUCUCUGUCCCUGAACCUUGUCCACCGUAAUGUCAUCUAUCGCUUCCUCACCCACACCAUCCCGACCAAACGCCUGCUACACUACUUUGAGAUAGCUGAAUCACUUCUCUGCCUGAUCUGUGGUAAAGAAGAAAAUGCUGUAUACUUGCUUUUCCUCUGUUCCAGUAAGGUGUCCAUCUGGAAAGCUAUCAUCUUUGAAUUCCUGUGGCCAACCGUUUCGAUUGGUGAUGUUAUCCAAGCCUGUUCCUCUCUUGACUUUGAAAACAUCAAAUAUGUCUCCAAAUCGUACACCACUGCUCACAUGGUCGUACUGGUAACACUUGGCAACAUUUGGCGAGCUCAAGUUCGUAUGAUCUUUCACUCGAUUCCAUUUACAUGGAUCGAUGUGGUCCAGCAGAUCAAGAACGAGCUCCUUCAACUACAUGCCCAAACUGAAAUUCACAAACAAGUGUAA